AUGGACUCGGAGCUCAGGGAGCACAACAGCACCCUCGCUGCGGAGAACGCCAGCGCCGCGCCGGGCCGGGCCGGCUUCCCGGUGUGGGAGGACUUCAGGGGCAGCGUGGACGACCUGCAGUACUUCCUGAUCGGGCUCUACACGCUCGUCAGCCUCCUGGGCUUCGUGGGGAACCUCCUGAUUUUAAUGGCCCUGGUGAAGCGGCGGCACCAGCAGACCACGGUGAACUUCCUCAUCGGGAACCUGGCCUUCUCCGACAUCUUGGUGGUGCUCUUCUGCUCGCCCUUCACGCUGGCCUCGGUGCUGCUGGACCGCUGGCUGUUCGGCCGCGUGCUGUGCCACGUGGUGCCCUUCCUGCAGUGCGUGUCGGUGCUGGUGUCCACGCUGAUCCUCAUGGCCAUCGCCGUGGUCCGCUACCACACGGUCAGGCGCCCGCUGUCCAGCAGCCUCACGGCCAACCACGGCUACUUCCUGAUCGCCGCGGUGUGGACGCUGGGGCUGGCGCUGUGCGCCCCGCUGCCCGUGUUCCACCGCCUGGUGGAGCUGCGCGACACGGUGGGCGCGGUCGUGUGCGUGGAGGCCUGUCCGUCGUCCGCCUACAGGGUGGCCUUCACGCUGAGCCUGUUGCUGGCGCAGUACGUGCUCCCGCUGCUGUGCCUCACCGCCAGCCACGCCGGCCUCUGCAGGAGCCUGCGCUGCGGCCUGGGCUCCAACGCCAAGGUGGUCCCCGGAGUCCCCACCUGCUUCGAGGUGAAAGCCGAGGAGAACUCGGACGGCCCCCAGCCCAGGGCACAGCGCUCGGCCACGCGCAUCCGAAAGCGGUCGCGCAGUGUGGUCUACAGGCUGACCGUGCUGAUCCUGGUGUUCGCCGUCAGCUGGAUGCCCCUGCACCUGUUCCACGUGGUCACCGACUUCAACGACAGCCUCAUCUCCAACCGGCACUUCAAGCUGGUGUACUGCGUGUGCCACCUGCUGGGCAUGACGUCCUGCUGUCUUAACCCACUCCUGUACGGAUUCCUCAAUAACGGGGUCAAGGCCGACCUGCUGUCUCUUACACCCUGCCUUCACGUGUCCUGACCCUCGGCCUGCGCCAGGGUCAGUACGCGGGGUCGUCUGGGAUACGU